AUGGCUGAUGAUAAAAAGGGUGCUACAUUUUCGUUGAAAGUGAUGAUCAAUAAAGAGAGAACUAAGGUAUUCUUUGCAGACUCCGACAGCCACUUCGCAGACAUUUUGUUAAGCUUCUUGACUUUGCCGUUGGGAAGAAUUGUCAAAAUCCUCGACCACCACUAUGGAGACGAGCCGCCUUCCGUUGGUAGCUUAAGCAGUUUGUACCGUAGCUUAGCAAAUCUCGACGGUGCCUAUUUCUGGACUGAUGGAGCUAAGCAGACUCUGCUUGAUCCAACAAGUUCAUUCGAAGAUGAAUGUGGGAGGCUGAAACUCGACAUCACUUAUUAUCAGCCUGCUAAGUAUUUCUGUUGUAGUGAAUAUAUCUACGAAAACUAUCAUGAUAGAUUUCGCAGCGUAAGCAUUUACUAUGAUCAUGUUAAGAGGUGCAAAGUUUGCUUACUUGAUAUUCUUAACGAAGUAGUUAAGAAAGGGUCUGAAGCUACUGCAUCUAGAGAAGGAGUUUUCACCAUGAAUACAUCAUCUUUCAUAAUCUCUGAUGAUCUCCACAUAUUUCCAAGUGAGACGGGACUCUUAGAAAUCAUUAGCUUUCUUGGCAUUACAGACAUGGAUAACGCCGAGCAAAUAAAAGUGGAUUUGGGCUUCAAUGAGCUAGAUUAUGAAUUUGUUGAAGGCAUCCUUGACGUCCCCAACUCCAUUGUCGGACAUCAUCCUAAAUAA